AUGAUAUCAUCGAGUACAUGGGUUCCAAGAGGUUAUGCCUCCGAGUUUCCGGAAAAAUACGAAUUGAACGAUGAAGAAAUGGAGAGAAUAAAUCAAAUGGCCAAUUUAGAAUUGAACGAUGCAAAAGAAGAUUUGGCAGAAGCACAGAAGACGUCAAAAUUAAAAGAACAAAUAGAAAUUGAUGAUGACUUAAAAGAAUACGAUUUGGAAAAUUAUGAUAAUGAUGAUAUUGAUGAAACGGGUGAAAAAAUCACAAUGUUUCCUGGUUUAUCGAAUACAAGUGCAAAAAUUCAUGAUAAUAAUGAUGCGGAAGAUGGAGAUGAUGAUGAAUCCAACGACGUAUAUUUAACUUUACCAAAUGAAAUCGACGAACAAGAGGAAAAAAAGGAGAAUCAAAUAUAUCCCACUGAUAAUCUUGUGUUGGCAACCAGAACCGAAGAUGAUAUCUCAUGGUUAGACAUAUAUAUUUACGAUGAUGGAGCAGGAGCCCCAAAUGGAGCAGAAGAAGAGGAAGAAGAUAAAUUAGAUGCUGACGUUGCAAAUGGAUUAUACAGAGACUCAACUUUAUAUGUGCAUCAUGAUAUAAUGUUGCCAGCAUUUCCAUUAUGUGUCGAGUGGAUAAAUUAUAUACCAGGACAAGGAUCUGAAGUUGAAGGAUCGAAUAUAGGAAAUUUUGCAGCAGUUGGUACUUUUGAUCCACAAAUUGAAUUAUGGAAUUUGGAUUAUGUUGAUAAAGCAUUUCCUGACGUGAUAUUGGGAGAUGCAUCAACCAUAAAUAAAAAGAAUAAAAAGAAGAAAAAAUCUGGUCAUGUAACAACCCAUCAUACUGAUGCUGUAUUAUCAUUAUCACACAAUAAAAUUCAUAGAUCAGUUUUGGCUUCAACUUCAGCAGAUACGACAGUCAAAUUAUGGGAUUUGAAUACAGAAACUGCUGUACGUUCAUUAAAUCAAAUACAUCAUGGUAAAACCGUAUCCUCAUCACAGUGGCAUUCUCACGAAGCUUCAAUUUUAUUGACUGGUGGGUAUGAUUCUAAAGCAGCUAUAUCAGAUGUGAGGAUAUCUGACGAAUCACAAAUGUCAAAAUAUUAUUCAGUUGCAAAAGGUGAAGAAGUAGAAAAUAUAAGGUGGGGCUCGAAGCCAGACAUAUUUUACGUUGGUACAGAUCAAGGUAAUGUAUAUUGUUUCGACAUCAAAAAUGAAUCUAAACCAUUGUGGACUUUGCAUGCUCAUGAUGCUGGAAUAUCUUCCUUAAAUAUUAAUAAUUAUAUAUCAGGCAUGCUAGUAACGAGUGCGAUGGGUGAUAAAUCAAUAAAAUUAUGGAAAGCACCAGAAACAAAUGUUGGUAGUGGACCAACAAUGAUAUUGUCUCGUGAUUUCGGUGUAGGUAAUGUUUUAACCACUUCAUACGCUAAUGAUAUUGAAGUAGCUGGUAAUUUAGUUAUAGGUGGUGUUACAAGUGGAUUAAAAAUGUGGGAUACCUUUUCAAAUAGGUCAGUUAAAAAUGGAUUCAAAGAUGGGUUAAGAAAUUUACAAAUAAAAGCAAGAGAAGAAGCUAAAUUAUCCGGUCGUGCCUCAAGAAUUGCUAGAAAAUAUCAACAAGAUCUGACUGACGCUAUACUAGAAGCUGAAGGUGGAAAAGAUGACGAGUCAGAAGAAGAAGAUGAUGAAGAGGAGGGAGAGUUUGAAGAUGAAGAAUAA